CUUUAGAGAGAGAGUAAAAGAAGGUCCUAUAUAAACCCCCUGGUUCGUCUCUACCAAAACAACAACCAAGAACAGCUACAGCAUCUUCUCUCUAUAUAUAUAUAAGUUCCUCUGCCCUCCCAACCCCAUAAAAAAGAUGUCUUCUUUAGUUGUAUUCAUUUUGAUUCUGAUUUCACUCUUCAAUGUCUCAUUCGCUGUUAGAAACCUGAACGGACUAGUUCAGGACCCCAACACACUCUUACAUUACCACAAUGGCCCUCUAUUAUCCGGAAAAAUCUCCCUCAAUCUCAUCUGGUACGGUAAAUUCACGCCUGCUCAACGUUCAAUCGUCGCCGAUUUCAUAACCUCUCUUUCGUCCUCUUCUUCCCCUGUUCAAUCCAAACCCACCGUCGCUUCCUGGUGGAAGACAACCGAGAAAUACUACAACCUCGCCUCUACCACCUAUUCCACAUCCGCCGCCAAGAGGAAAUUCAGCCGACCGGCCCUUUCCCUAUCACUCGCCGACCAGAUAAUCGACGAUACCUACUCUCUAGGAAAGUCACUAAAUGAACAACAUUUAGUGACGCUCGCGGCAAAGGGUGGGCAGAGAAACGCUGUCAACGUCGUUUUAACGGCGGCGGAUGUCGUCGUUGAUGGGUUCUGCCAGAACAGGUGUGGAACACACAGGUCUUCUAAAGGUGCCUCAAUUGAUGGAAAGAAUUACAAGUUUGCUUAUAUCUGGGUUGGAAACUCUGAAAAACAAUGCCCAGGUUACUGUGCUUGGCCAUUUCAUCAACCCAUUUACGGUCCACAAAGCCCACCGUUGGUUUCCCCGAACAACGACGUGGGUCUCGACGGAAUGAUCAUUAACCUCGCCAGUCUUUUGGCCGGAACCGCCACGAAUCCGUUCGGUAACGGCUAUUAUCAAGGUGCAGUCGAUGCUCCUCUGGAGGCAGCUUCUGCCUGCCCGGGAAUAUACGGAAAAGGUGCCUAUCCGGGAUACGCCGGCGAUCUGUUGGUGGAUUCUAACGGAGCUAGUUAUAAUGCUAAUGGAUGUAAUGGUCGGAAGUUUUUGCUUCCGGCCAUGUAUGAUCCUGCUACAUCCACAUGUUCCACGUUGGUCUGAAACCCCUAGACAGAGAAAACAUAAAAAUACGUCAUUCUUGUGAUGAUGUAUCAUGUAUGCUUUUAUGUAUAUUGUGAAUAGAACCUUUUGUAUUUCAUCGAUUCAAUUUUAUUUGUUUAUUUUGCUCACUU